AAUUGAAUUGUCUCCCGUGAUGCUCUUAGGGGAGGGGGAUGCAUGAGUGACAAAGGAGUGCAGUUAUGACUUGCAGUAAAUCGUCCUUUGGAGAAUAUCCAAGUUGGGAAAGCAAGGAUAUGAACAGUUCUGCAGGUGAGCUUCUCGGGGCGAGUGAAGCCAUAAGGCGUCCAAUCAGGGUUUGGCCACCUGCAGCCCUGCCAAUAUGCCCCUCCACCAGAUUUCUGUAAUCCCAGCCCGGGAGACUGCUAGCAAUGGGAGAAGCUCAAUGGGCAGAAACAAAGAGAAGAACAAGGAAGUCGAGAAUGAAAAGUCCCCAGGGCGAUCUGCAAGUCGAUCAAGUAACAUAUCAAAAGCAAGCAGCCCAACAACAGGGACAGCUCCCAGGAGCCAGUCAAGAUUGUCUGUCUGUCCAUCUACUCAGGACAUCUGCAGAUCUUCCAUCUUGCAUGACAUGUCAGAAGAAUCAUUUGAGCACUGCACCCCUGUCAUGGUGCUGAACCAUGCUAGCAAGGAACCUGGUAAGAAACAAGUAAAACAGAAGCCUAGGAGGAGGAGAAGGGUCUCUCAGAGAUAUGAGCAUUCAGAAGAGCAAGCAAAGGCUAGAAGAAAUGAUUUUCACCUCCAGAUCUCAAGUCCUGGCUGGAGAGAACUUAACACGGAGUCAUCAGAUUCAUCCUCCACAGAUGAGAGUCACUGGACUCAGGCAAAAAGACGAGCUCAGGUGAAAUUCAGGCUGUCCCGAAGAAGGAGAAAUAGUAACAAAUCAUGUGGUAGCUUGGCUGGGUCCUCCACUCCUGACAGACUUGAACUUGUUGAGCUGGGAUGCAAAGGUGAAAAGCACCCAGAGAUGAUGGAAUGUGGGAGUCACUCUUUAGACAUCUGUAGAGGAAAAAUCAUAAGGUACCAAGAAUGCAGUUCUCCCCUACCACAGGGGUCCUUGGAGGAGAAGAGACCCCCAGGGAGCCACUCAGGAAGUAAAGGCAGAUACUGUCGCAGCGAAUCUCACUUGCACACACUUAGGGAAAAAGAAACAAUCACUAAAAGAUUGUCGGAAGCUGAUUCCAAUACUGAAAUCUUGGCAGCUACAGAAGGGAGCAAGUGUGUAGAAGAUGCAGGGCUCCAGGUGAACACCUCUGCCCAGAAGCCUCCUGAUGCCUAUGAUGAUGGGUCUGAUACUUUCGAAGUGUGCAGGAUCUGUCACUGUGAAGGAGAUGAAGAGAGCCCACUCAUCACACCCUGUCGCUGCACAGGAACCUUGCAUUUUGUCCACCAGUCCUGUCUCCACCAGUGGAUCAAGAGCUCAGACACACGAUGCUGUGAGCUCUGCAAGUAUGACUUCAUAAUGGAGACCAAGCUCAAACCCCUUCGGAAGUGGGAGAAACUCCAGAUGACCACAAGUGAAAGAAGGAAGAUUUUCUGCUCUGUCACAUUCCACGUCAUCGCUGUCACCUGUGUGGUGUGGUCUCUGUAUGUGCUGAUCGAUCGGACAGCAGAGGAAAUCAAGCAAGGUAACGACAAUGGUGUGCUGGAAUGGCCAUUUUGGACAAAACUGGUUGUGGUGGCCAUUGGCUUCACGGGUGGUCUCGUCUUCAUGUAUGUACAGUGUAAAGUCUAUGUUCAACUGUGGCGUAGGCUGAAGGCCUACAAUCGUGUGAUCUUUGUGCAGAAUUGUCCAGACACAGCCAACAAACUGGAGAAGAACUUCUCAUGUAACGUUAACACAGAAAUCAAGGAUGCUGUGGUUGUUCCUGUGCCACAGGCAGAUUCAAAUUCACCGCCACCUGCAGAGGGUGCCCCACCUGAAGUUAUACCAGUCUGAUGGAACUAGAGGGGAACUUCACAGAAGGAUCUCUGCAGCCCCAGCCACUACACACAGAAAUGUUUCUGCUCUGGUGGCUUCCUUGUCUUCUCCGUUCCCCUACUGACUUGUUUGUCCUGACUUGGAGCAAAAGGAAAUGAGGAGAAAAUAUCAAGUGAGCAGGAUCCCAAGGAGCAGAGCCUGCAGUGGAACAUGGAAAGGCGUCUUAGGGAGUGAGUUCAAAGGAACAGUCGAUACAAGCGAUGCUUCCAGUGAGGAAAGACUGGACGGACAUGUAAUCCUCUUUCACGUAGUGCAGAGGGAAUCCCAGAACAGACUUCAAAUGCAGUGUGUGCUUCUUUGGAGGGCCUUGUCCACUGGAAAUGACAUACAUCUGGUCUUAAGCCCAAAAUUGUGUGCAUCAUCCCUAAGUCACACCAGAGGCAAACCUGGAUGACCUAAGGGGUUUUUUUACACUUUGACAGCUGGUUUUUCUGGCUAUUGUGAAGUCUGGUUAUUUUGACAGAUGCAUGUUUUUAAAUGGAUGCAAUACACAUUUGAAGAUAGAAGUGUUUGGAAUUUUGCUAAAAUUUAAAUCAUGAAGAAAAGAUUGUCAGAGCAUUGUUUAGCUAGCUAGCAUUUUUUUUUUUUUCAAGCAACUAUCAUGCUGUGUUUUUUAUCUGGUCCCUCUUACAGUGCUCAAUGGUAGACACUUCACAUGAGUUGCAAAUGCAGAUGUAAAAUUUAAAUUUCCUAGUGUGCCCCAUUAGGAAAAGUAAAAGUAGGUCAAUUAAUUUUUAUAAUUUAUUCAACAUUAUAUAUACAAGUUAUUUCAUGUAAUCAUUGGAAACAAUUAUUAAAAUGGCUUUCAUCUUCUUGGACCAAGUCUUCAAAAUCCAGCAUGCAUUUAUGACACACUUCCAUCUGAACAUAUUGUGUUGGGCAGGAUCUAAUAUGGAUAAUGGACAGCAGAGCCCUUUCAUUAAAAGCUACACCUGCCUCACUUAACAGUUGAAUAUUUCAGAAUGGCAGUUUAAUCUGCUAUUUUGUUUUGCAGAUUGACUUAGAAAGCACCAAACUCAUCAAAUUAAGUAUUCCAGCUUAAAUCCAAUGAAGGCACUACUUUUCAAAGGGGUGAAAAGACAAAGGUAUAGGGAGUCAGUACCAUCUGUAGCAAUGUAAUGAAAUUCCGUGUAAUAUGUUUAAAGUAAUUGUGACAGGACAAAAAAAUUAAAAGUUUUGUUUUUAAACCCAUACGGAGUGUCAGUUUGACAGGUGAGCAUCUUAACUAAGGUUCAUAGCUGACAGUGUCCCCUUGCUCAGCUCAGAAGUAAAACUAUCCCAGAUUCUUUGGUGAGUGAUGAGCUGGUUGUCGGUUCAACAGUUGAGCAUUGUGCUCUAUACAGUCACACAAACUGAUGACACUGCAGUGAGCUAGGUAAAUAAUGACAUAGUUACCCGUCAAAGAAAGAGACCAUAUAAAUUUUUAAAAAGUGACUUGUUUUUUUGGUUAGCUGUCAUUAUUUAUUAUCCUGAAAAGACAGAGAUGGCCAUAAAAACCAAAGCAUGGGCAUCAUGUUGUACAAAUCUGGGUACCACAUCCACGUAUUUAGUACUUUGUAAUUAUCAGUGUGUUUGAUCUUCAUUGAUUCUCAAAGGAAAAGAAAAAAAAAAAAAAGAUCUUUCAAUGAGAACUGAGUAUGCUAUUUGUAGUGAUUGACACUGGGUCCAAAUAGUUCUAGCCUUAGAAAUAAAGACAUGGUAAACAAUGUCAAGGGUGUGUGUGUGUGUGUGUGUGUGUGUGUGCGCACGCGCGUGUGUGUGACAGAGAGAGGCACAGAUACAAAGAGAUGUAUAUUCAUGUAUGUAUACAAGAGUAAUGUUAAAAAGUAUUCAGUCAGGAAACAAAAGCUUAAAAACUCAUCUUUCUUAAAACUUAUGGGAGGCAAAGAUUAAAUAUGCAGGGACAAUACAAGGGACAUAACUAAAGUGGACCAGACCUCCAGAACAAGUAAGAGUUCCCAUGGCAUAAAAAAGACCUAACCCUUAAACUUUGAAUUAAGUUUCUAAAUAGUUUCCAUUUUAAAGAUUUAAAGAUAAAUAUGAACAAAGGGUGGAUGUGUUGAUCAUGACUUCACACAAGGGUUAGCCCUCCUUCAGGUUUUUUCCCCUAGCUCUUACCAAUGUGUUUCAGUAGGUACACAAUUGCAAUCCCAGCAUUUAGAAGGCUUAGGCUAUCCUCUGCUACAGUGUGUCCCAAAUAGACCAGUCUAGGCUACAUGAGACCUUUUCCAAAAACAAAACGAAACUGACAACAAGGUUUAAAACUAAAUGAAUAAAGUCAAUAUUGAACCCAUCUUUGCACACUUGUGUAGUAACGGAGCUUUCACUUACUAACAAUGAAAAGAUUUGGCUUUGGUGACCACACUUAACAGCUCAAGGAGAAAAACUGCUUUACCUAAUGUCAUUAUCUUGAGGCAUGUUUACCUGCGUGCGCAUGCACACGCGUGCACAAUUGCACACACACGCAAAGUGAAACUGAAACAAAACAUGGAGUUGUUGAGUUUACAAAUUGUUGAAACUGUUGAAACAGAUUUUCAUAAACACAAAGUGAAGCUGCACUAUUAGAAAAGGCAUAAACCAGACGCUGAAAACGCUUUCUAUCAAGACUUGGCAUUUCCAUUAGGUAUAAUUAAAUAUUCAAUUGAAAAGGAAUGAAAUUAAAACAUUUAAAAGUGAAGCCCAGGGUUAGACUCUUUCUGCUCUCUUAGAUGGUCCUGGUUGAGUUCCUGGUACCAACAUGACAGUUCACAACCAUCGGUACCUCCAGCUCCAGGGAAUCCAACACCUUCUGGCCUCUGAGGGUCCCCACACACAUACAUGGACAAAUAUAUACAUUAGAAAAAAAGAAUAAAUCUUUAAAAAGUGAAGCCCUGACCCCAAGCAGGUUGGCUUAAGUAUAAAACAACAACCAAACCCUACAAAACUAAAAGAAAAACACCUAAGAGUUCCAAUAACCCAGGAUCCUGCAAUGCACACUGAGUCCUUCUCACAAUGUCCCAGGAUCAAAAUCUCACCCAGAACUACUCCUAUAGGUAUUGGUACCCAAAGAACCCCCAAACUUAUUUUUCUUUUAUGAGAAGGACCAUGGGUAUCCUUCAGACAUUUAUUCUUCUGUUGAAAAGUGAUGUCAUUAACACCGUGACAUCAUUAUGAGAGAUCACAAUGGAGGGAGGUGGAAUAGGUCAUUUAUUCCAUCUGUCAGAUAAAAUUUAUCUUACCUUGCCAAUGGAUAUUUUGGAGCAAAUAUUAAAUGGAGAACCUAAACUUUCCUAUUGUAAUGGUUAUAAAAUUGUGUACUUCCAUCAGUGGUUCAAUGGUGCUAUUUCCCACGACACAACUGAAAGGAAGUGCUGCUAUUUGGGGCAAAAGCACUUUUCCCACACUCGAAGAAAGCCCAUGUUGAAAUUGAAGGCAAUGUUCAAAGGAGAAAAUAUUAUUUUAAACUGUGUGCAAUUUUUGAGAUUGGGCAUUUGUACUUUUUCAGUUUUAAUUGUCUUUCAUUAACAAUUUACUGUUUGUGAGUAACAUAUGCUUAAGACAAACUAAGGAAACUAAUUAUCUGUGAAAGACUUUGUAUAUUAAACAAAUGCUCCAAA